ACCAGCUCAAAAAACCUUGAGGGGUCAAGCCUUUUGUUAUGGCAUUUUUCUUGUCCAUUGAAGCCCAAAGACGAGUUCUCAACCGACAAGGGCUCGUGGAAAUUUAUAUCCGAGGGCUGAUGAUUCAGUAAACGUCUGCAAGGUCAAAAUUUGAUUUUGAUUUGAUUGGAUUGGAAUCUGGAAUUUAGGGUUUUGUUCGGUGGGAGAGGAAGCUAUGGGUGAGGAGUUUUUGGGAUCAUCAACGGCUAUUGAUUCAUCCAAUAUAGGCUUUCAGCUUUUGAAGAAACACGGGUGGAAAGAAGGAACUGGGCUUGGAAUUUCUCAGCAGGGUAGGUUAGAGCCGGUAAAAGCUUAUUUGAAGAAUAAUAAACGAGGUCUUGGAUCAGAAAAAAUAAAGAAGAAAGUACCAAAGCCUCUCAAAGCUCCCACUUCAGAAUGCCAAAACGACAAGGAUCAAGCGCCUCCUAAGAAAUCCAAGGCAUCAAAAAGGAUUAGGAAGAUGCAGGAGUUAGAGCAAUGUUUGCAGGAAAGGGAAUUUGAACGGGCAUUUCGCAGGGAAUUCUGGCCAGAUAAUGUUUGACAAUGAGAUUUGUACAGGCUUUAGACUUCUUCUUGUACACUCAUUUUUGCCCUUUAUUUUUGGGCAUUGUACUACUCAAUAUGAUAGAAAUUUUGUAUCCA